AUGGAUCUGAGGCAGGCCAGGUCAAGUAAACUUGCACCCACCACAACUGGCAAUAUGAAGUUGAACAUCAGCUACCCUGCCAAUGGCAGCCAGAAGCUCAUCGAUAUUGAGGAUGAGCGCAAGCUCCGUGUCUUCAUGGAGAAGCGCAUGGGCGCUGAGGUUCCUGGUGACUCCAUCGGCGAUGAGUUCAAGGGCUACAUCUUCCGCAUCACUGGUGGAAACGACAAGCAGGGUUUCCCCAUGAAGCAGGGUGUCAUGCACCCUACCCGUGUCCGCCUCCUCCUCUCCGAGGGCCACUCUUGCUACCGACCCCGACGCACCGGUGAGCGCAAGCGAAAGUCUGUCCGUGGCUGCAUCGUCGGCAUGGAUCUCUCUGUCCUCGCCCUUAGCAUUGUCAAGCAGGGUGAUGCUGACAUCCCCGGCCUCACCGACGUCGUCCACCCUAAGCGCCUCGGUCCCAAGCGCGCCACCAAGAUCCGCAAGUUCUUCGGCCUCACCAAGGAUGACGAUGUCCGCAAGUACGUUAUCCGACGAGAGGUUCAGCCCAAGGGUGAGGGCAAGUCUCCUUACACCAAGGCUCCCCGCAUCCAGAGACUCGUCACCCCUCAACGUCUCCAGCACAAGCGUCACCGCGCUGCCCUAAAGCGCCGCCAGGCCGAGAAGGUCAAGGACGAGGCCAACGAGUACGCCCAGGUCCUUGCCAAGCGUGUUGCUGAGGCUAAGGCCAACAAGGCCGAUGCCCGUAAGCGACGAGCAAGCUCUAUGCGCAAGUAG